AUGAUCAUUUCAAAUUACAAACAGGGAGGAUACCUCAAGUUUAAUCCAGGUAAAUUACAAGUACGUCAUUUGGAUCUACAUGAAUACCAAAGCAAGAGUUUGAUGGAUCAAUAUGGUGUCAACACACAAAAGUGGCGUGUUAUUAGCAAGGCUGAUGAAGCACCAAAGGCUGCAAGCGAAUUGAAUGCCAAGGAGCUCGUCAUCAAGGCUCAGGUACACGCUGGUGGUCGUGGAAAGGGAACAUUCAAGGAGACUGGAUACAAGGGAGGUGUCAAGCUUUGCACCACUGGCAAGGAAGCCCAAGAGCUCUCUGGUCACAUGCUCGGCAAGCAUCUUGUCACCAAGCAAACCACCGCCGACGGCACAUUGGUGCAAAAGGUGAUGAUUGCUGAAUCGGUCGACCCAGCCCGUGAAUUAUACUUUGCCAUCUUGAUGGACCGUGCCUCGGGUGGUCCCGUCAUGGUGGCCAGUCCAAAGGGAGGAGUCGACAUUGAAGCUGUCGCCGAAGAGACACCAGAACUCAUCUACAAGGAGGUUGUCGACAUUACCAAAGGCGUGCAACCAGAGCAAACCCGUCGUCUUGCUGAAAAGCUCGGCUUCAAGGGUGACAAGCUCAAGAUUGCCCAAGAGCAAAUGGAGAAUUUGUACAAGCUCUUUAUCAAGAGUGACGCCACUCAAGUCGAAGUCAACCCAUUCGCCGAAACCACCGACGGCAAGAUCUAUGCCAUGGAUGCCAAGAUCAACUUUGACGACAAUGCCUCGUUCCGUCAAAAGGAUAUCUUUGACAUGCGUGACAUUGCCGAAGAAGACCCACGUGAGGUCGAAGCCUCGCAACACGGUCUCAACUACAUUGGUAUGGACGGAAAUAUCGGAUGUAUGGUCAAUGGUGCCGGUUUGGCCAUGGCCACCAUGGACAUUAUUAAAUUACACAAGGGCACUCCAGCCAACUUCCUCGACGUCGGAGGAGGUGCCACUGAAAAGCAAGUGACCGAAGCCUUCAAGAUCCUCACCAAGGACAAGCAAGUCAAGGCUAUCUUGGUCAACAUCUUUGGUGGUAUCAUGAAGUGUGAUGUCAUUGCUGCCGGUGUCGUCGGUGCCUGCAAGCAAGUCGGUCUCAAGAUCCCACUCGUCGUUCGUCUCGCCGGUACCAACGUCGAAAUCGGAAAGGAUAUUUUAGAAAAGUCUGGUUUUAACAUUAUCACUGCAAAUGAUUUGGACGAUGCUGCCAUCAAAGCUGUUGCCUCAAUUAGUAAAUAA